GAGUGGCGGAGCUACACAAGCGACUCGGCGCAGCGAUGACAUCACAGACGAGAUAACAUUGACAAGUGAACAUCAAGGAAAAGCUUUAAGAAGGAAAUAUUGCGAACUAAAGCGGAAUCUUCACUUUUCCUGAAUAUUGUAAGGUUGUUGAGUAAGAGAAACAGGAAGGAUGGGAGAGAAGAGAAUAGUUCCAGGGCCUCUGAAAAAGGCACUAGAAUGGGACGUGAAAAUGACGGACAAAGCAGUGAAGAUGUUCGACCAGAAAUAUGGGCCACUGAGCAAGUACAAUAGUAUCUUCAAAGGACUUGAGAUAUCCUGCCAUGGUAUCCCUUGGUUAAUAGUAACUGCCACAUUUAUUUUCCUUCUCGAUCGUUCUUCAUUUCGCAAUCUUAUGGUCAACAUUUUCCUUGUUCUCAUCUUUGAUAUCGUUGUUGUGGCUGUGAUCAAGGCCAUUGCCCGACGGCGACGGCCAGUGAGAAACCAAAACGACGAGAUGAUAGGUUCUUUCUCGGUGGACAAAUUCUCUUUUCCAUCGGGACAUUGCACAAGAGCAGUCAUGCUAAGCCUUCUCUUACCUUUGAAGUAUGACCUGUUCUUCUGGUUCUCUCCUGUCCUGGCGGGAUGGGGAGCAGCAGUGUCCAUCUCUCGUGUCCUGCUCCACCGACACCACAUCCUGGAUGUCGUUGGAGGAGCCUUUAUAGGUAUCCUGCAAGCCAUUCUCUACAGCCUGACAUGGCUCUCUGAUGAGUCUGCACAGGGCCUUGUCAACUUCUUCCUCGAUGAGACCCAAGUCGGAGCAAGUUACGACGUAUAGGGAACUAUUAUGUACCUUGGUUGACUUGCAUAUAACCAUAUAUAUUCAGGGAUUUUAUGACAGUGGUUUUCUUUGAUUUGCGGUGUGAUGUCUAUUGUUUAUGAAGUGUUUCUACUAAAUUGUUUUUUACGUAAAUACUUAGAACAGAUGUUUUGGCUUUACAUAACUAAUACUCUUUAGAUUUGUCACUUUGCAAUGAUGCAUGUAAAACCAGAGUAGGGAUGCUAUAGGAUAGAAGUCAUGAUAUAGGAUUUUCCUAAUUAUUACAAAGUGGGUGCCCAUAUAUUCCUUGUUCAGGAAAUAAAAAUUCAUGAGAAUACAAAAGUGCUGUUUUGGUUCUAAUAUUUCAAUAAAGUAGUAAAAGUACUGUUUUGUUUUUAAUCCAUUUUCAGAAAACAGUGGGAAAAAGCUGUUUAAUUUAAUGACUUACUUCAGCCAAAAAUAUUAUAUACAAAAAAUACAUUCAUUAAUACACUGCAGUUCUUCAGUGGUCUGGGUUCCUGAUGCUAUAUAGAUAUUUUGGUCUGUAAAGUUGUAAAUCCUUGCCAUUAUUUCAGAAUAAGAACCAGAUAAGCUAUAAUACAUAUACAAAUCCUAUGUACCAAGACCUGUUUUCAGAUUAUAUUUUCAUACAUACAGAAAAUAUAAUGAAUGUAAAGAUUCAAUUGAGAUAAAGUGAAUAAAAAAUUUGAUUUCUUUACUGAGGAUUGACAGUCAUAGUUUAGGUUGCCAUUUGUUUAAUUCUUGCUUAAGGAUUU